AAAAACAAUCCCGCUUGAAAAGAGCCGUUUAGGGCUAAUUUUUGGCUUUAUAUUUUAAUUUUCUACCUCCGAAAACCGCAAAUUCGUCCUGCCUAACGAUGCUUAUGUUUUGUCCAACCUGCGGGAACCUGCUGCUCGUGGAGGAAGGAACGGAUUCGCUGCGCUUCUCGUGCAACACUUGCCCGUACAUUUGCAAAAUCAAGAGGAAGAUUUCAACACGAAUUUACCCAAAGUUGAAGGAAGUGGACCAUGUUAUGGGCGGUUCUGCGGCCUGGGAAAACGUAGACUCAACCGACGCCGACUGUCCGGCAUGUGCGCAUAACCGGGCGUACUUUAUGCAGAUGCAAACCCGUUCCGCGGACGAACCUAUGACGACGUUCUACAAGUGUGCCAAUCCAGUCUGUGGCCACAAUUGGAGGGACUAGC